AUGGCCGUCGUCAAGCGAGUCAUUGAUGGCACCAACCCCUCUCUCCUUUGGUUUCGUAUAGACUCAGUCGUGAAUGGAGGCACCCAGGCCGAUAAUGAUAAGACUUCGAUGCAAGAAGCCGCCAUCUGGUUGCGUAUGGCGGAGCUUGCCCAUGAGGACGGCUGGACGGGGCUGUCUAUAGUAAAUCGGGUCCUCGAAUGUUACCUUGACUGUGGCACCAGGCCUGGCGGGUGGGAUAUUACGCCGGGUGGACCAAGUCGUCUUGAGUGGGAGACGUUCAAGGAGAAAUCACCGUUUUAUACAGCUUGGCGUCCCUACCCUGGAACCAAUCGCAAGAUGCCGGACAUUUCCGGAUACAGACCUUCAAAUUUCGAGGCGCAGGGCUAUUAUCGUGCCAUAAUUGAGGGUCUUGCGAUAUCUGAGGAUGGGAACUGA